CCUUACGCGAGGCAGGUUGGAGUAACAAGUUAGAGACACCUUGAGAGACCUGCUUCAUUAUAAACAGUCGAAAAGUUAAUUUAAAAAAUGUGUGUUUGUGAGUGUGUUAGUGGGAGAUACGUAAAGAUAUUGAAACCACAGUUUUAACUGCGAAUCGUUAGUUCUUCGAACUUCGUUGUGGGUGAAAAAGUAGGUAUUGUUUUAGGCCCGUAUUAUGAAGAGACGAAUACUUUCGUUCCUAUUCGAAAUUAUAGACUGAUUUGUCGAAUUUCAAAGACUUAUUACGGACGUGAAUCUUCUUUAGUGUAGGAUCGUUCUUACUAGAGUGUCUUAUAAGUAUUACGGGUCUUACAGACAAUAGGACUUGAAACGGAACGAAAGUUAGUCAAUUUUAUAGAAAUGUACAGCCAAACUUAUGACGACGAAGCGCCCAUUCCUCUGAUCGCGAACUACACAAUCGUGAAAGAGGGGGAGGAAGAAGAAAAGAGGGAGACAGACGAUAGAGUGAUUCUAGAAAUAGGACGGCAAGAUGACAAACCGAAGGAGGAGCUGACGUUUUCCCAUAAGAAGUACGAUAAGACCACAUCGCAUCACAGGUCGUACGUGCUAGAAGACUAUGAGCCCAGGAGAGUCACGUACUUCAGGCCGCAUGAGUUGGAUCAUGCCCCUCAUGAAGGUCCCAGAUAUUACGAGCAAGAAUUUAGAGAGACAGUAGUCCAGGAGACCGCGAACUCGGAGUCCUCUCUGGACUUCUCCCACGAGUCUCAGGAGACCACCAAGUACGGCAACGAAGAUCACAACCAGGACGCCAUAAUGAAUUGGAAGGAGAGAGCUUUACAGCUGGAAAGAGAAUACAAGAAGACUGCGUGUGAUCGCGAGCGUACGCGCAUGCGCGAUAUGAACCGAGCGUUCGACCUGCUGCGCUCCAAGCUGCCGGUGACCAAGCCCUCCAAGAAGAAAUACUCGAAGAUAGAGUGCUUGAGGAUAGCGAUCCUGUACAUCAGACAGCUGGAGUGCAUGCUGGCUGGAGGCUCGCCUGAAGACCCGACCUUCUUCGACGUCCAAGUCACCGACCUGAGGCGGAGACAGCAAAGAUUCUGACCGAUUUCCCCCUGAUAAUAAUACCCAGAUGAAUUAAAAUUUAUGAAUGUCCUAGCGCCAGUUUUUAUGUACAAUUUAAAACAAAUAUAGGUUUCUUCGUGAAUCAAAAUAAAAUUAAGUUUCUGAAUUCUGGGACUGGUAGACGAUUUCGUCGUUUUGUAUUGGAAGACUAAUGUUAUUGUUACAUUUUAACGAUCCAAAGUUAUUUUAAUAAUUAACCUACAUUAUUAUUUCGAUACGUACUCUUUUCAAAUAUUUUUACCUAGCAAAAUAAUAGUAAUUUUAUGUGUGCUUAAUAUAAACUACUUACUGAAAUUGAAGUUUGACACGUAAGAAAGGUAUUUUAUUCCGUCCAUAUUUUUAUUUUAUUUAGAAACGAAAGAGAAAAGUAUGUUAUAGUUUAAUAUAAUUUUAUUUGUACAAAAAUAAACAAUAAAAUAUUUCACACAGUUCCUUGGUUUACUUCGUAAAUACGCAAUAUAAAAAUAAAAUAAAUAAUAUUGUUUUAAAUAACAUCAUGCUGGAUCACAGUUUUCUUCCCAUUAUUAAAAUUAAAUGAGAAAAACACUCAAUUAUUUAAAUGUUAUUUAAUACAAUUGCAAAUAAAUUCACAUUUUUCUGUACUGAUCACGUCUAAAUACAAAUAUAAUUUAACAUGACCAAG